CUCCCGCUGGAAUUCAUACUACUAGUUGGUGGCGGUGGAGGGAUUCGAUCGCGUAAUGUCGGGGUCGAGUGAUUAUACUGGGAAGAGGAAACGUAGGGAGAAAAUCGGUGGUAAUAGGGUCUUGUAUGGAUUCCAGACGUUCGGAGACCCGGGAUGUCCUUCAGAUUUUGACGGCCCCUUCCGAGACAACAUUCGCCUUUUCUUGCAGAAUUUUUUCCACACAGAGAAUUAUCUUGUCGAUGGAAUGACUGUACGCUCCAUUUCACUCCAGGUCGACGACACUUGUUAUAUUUCUAUGUUCCUCCUUCAGGAAAUGGUAGACACGGCCCUUCGACCUCACUGUAACUAUUGUCGACGCGUAGGGUGGAGCCGCCAUUUGGUAUCAAAAUGUAGGUACCAUUUUAUCAUACCUGCGCAGAGAAGAAGCAACGAGGAUGGAACACAACCCACGAGUGUUUUGGACAUGCAGAGCCAUCUGUUGCAUGGGAUGAUUCACUCCAAUGGUUUUGGGCAUUUGUUGUGUAUUAAUGGGAGAGAGAAGGGGUCCAUGAAUGCCUCCGGAAGAGAAAUUUUGGAUCUCUGGGACCGGAUUUGUGCCAUGCUUAGAGCCAGGAAGGUGAGUGUGGAGGACAUAGCGAAGAAGAAAGGGAUGGAACUGAGGGUGCUACACUGCCUGGCCUACGGGGACACGUGGUUCGGCAGAUGGGGAUUUCAGGUGGGUUCCGGCAUUAGCCAUGAGAGUUUCUCAAAAUCCAUGGAGGAAACUAAGGGAAUCCCAUUGGCCACGUUGCUUCAAGGGUCGCUAAGAAUGGCCUCAGUCGUGGGCACUUAUCAGAAGCUCAGUGCCAACUCAUUGAACACUCUGGGCAACCUCAUGAGCUUCAUGAUGGAGCUCAAGUCCAGCCUUCCUUACAACACUAGCGCUAGAACUAGUCCUAGACCGACCAUAACACAUAUGACGACGCCUUGCCGUUGGUCGCCCAAGAGAGUCGAGCUGGCGACCAGCGUGGUAAUAGAAGCUCUAAGGAUCUGCGGUGCAAAUGGGUGGGUGCCACGUCAGCAGGUCCGAGACGUGGCACGUGGCCGCAUCGGGGACACCGGUCUGCUGGACUUCGUGCUCAAGUCGCUGGGAAACCGUGUCGUGGGACGACACGUGGUACUCAGAGCGAUCAAUCCGGUAACGAAAAUCCUCGAGUACAGCUUGCAGGAGGUACAGUCAGCCGCGGCUGACGUGGACUGCUUAACCAGAGACGCCGUGUGGAGUGACGUGGCAUCUGUGUAUAAAUGUGUGAUGGAAAAGAAGAGCAUUGUGAGAAUGAUUGUGGAGACAAAACAAUUGGUAAAGGAUUACCUGGGUGAGGUGACGCGGAGGGGUUCGUCCAAUCGCUGGGGUUUCGAUGAUGACGAGAUGCUGAGAAUCAUGUGCAGAGUGCGGCUCAUGGACGACCCUCCUUCUGCUGAGUCAGCGCCGCCGGACUUGCUUGUCAUGCCACCUUAUUCAACAAUCGGAGAUUUGAAGAAAGAAGCGGAGAGAGCUCUGAGGGAGACGUACUAUGUGACACGUCAUUUCCACGUGGAAUGUCUCGCUGAUCUGGAGGGAAAGGAUGACGAUCUGUUGUUCGGGCUUGUUGAGUCGGGUUCCUGCGUGGCAGUGAAAGGCAGCGGCAUCGACAUGUCCUCUGAGUUAAGGUACCAAGGGGGAGUGGACACGUGUGUUGUUAAUUGCUUACGUGGCAGCCACGAUGACGAUGGGCACAGAGUGAUUGCCUGCGACUCCUGUGGUUCGUGGCAACAAGCCCGCUGCGCUGGAAUUGCUGACGUGGACUCCGUUUCCCGAUCUGUUCUGUGUAAACGCUGUGCCGUUGGGCUGGUUGGAGCCCUGGUGUAAGUGCACAUACUCAAGUAUGACUGUAUAUUUUGCUCACUGUAAUGGAAUUUUGUGCUCUGUGUAUUUACUAUUCAUGCGAAUUACGCCCUCCCCUUUGAAUAAGGAGUGGCGUGUGUUGCAAGAAAGGUCUGAGUAAAAUAAUAGAUGAAGGUAUGAAAAGGUUGCCAGGUACAACCAGCAUUUCAACGGUUAGUUGGAGGGAUGAAGUCUUUUAUCACAUUCACGCCUUUCGCCUCAGAUGUGUUAAUUAACAGCUAAGAUAUGUCGAGUAUAGAAAAAUGAACAUCUUUGAUAUGUCAAUUGCCUUAGAUUUUGUAUAAAAAAAAUAUAUCUCAUUAUAGGCUGAUCUUAAUCUUUGGCUCAA